AGUAGACUUUUUUAGAGUCUAGGUUAAAUCCUCAUGAACCACCGUAGGUGUCGGUAAUGCUUAUUUAACGUUACUUGCCAACCGCCAAUAACAAAACCAUGAAGAAGACUGUUGUUAUGAUUAAAAAAAAUGACGUCACAUCCUCCGUCAGCCUAUGGUCAGCAUCACCGAGUUAGCUCACAGGCUAGCUUUCAGCUAAAAGCGCUGUUGACGGUCAUCUAUGAGUCGCAGAAGAAACCCCAGUUUCCUGGAAACAAAGCGGACUCCUGAAUUCUACGGCGCAUUCAUGGACCUCGCCGGGGCAGCAGACAGAGCGGACGAUGAUUGUCUCGAGCUGGAACGCGAAGAGGAUCUCUUGUGCUCGGUCAGCGACAUCACGGAGCACCUGAAGCGAAACAUCGCCGUGGUUCUGGAGACAGCUCAGGUGGAGAUCCGACGAGUGGUCAGUAUCCGGAUACAAGUCCUAAAAAUGGAGCUGCGCGAGAAAAAUAAGGAGAUUGAAAAGUUAAAAGCUAAGCUCGAGGUGGUUCAGAGGGAUGGGAGAGACGGCUUUACGACCCUGGAGCCGACCACCGAGUCCGGCUUCAUGAAAUUCCCUUUCAACCUGGGGUCCAAGCACGGUGGCAUCGACCCCAGGAGAGCCAAAUCUGUUAUCCCCGAGGUGAAAAGGGAAAAUAUAGAUGCUAUUUGUGACUAUCUGAUGAAAGACAAAAACACGAAGGGUUGUGGCGAAAUGGACUCGGAGCUGGUCAGCCAAGCCAGAGGGGAAAAAGAGGUUGAUGAAGAACCGGAAAUCCAGCCUCUGAGCCUGUGGUCAGACAGCAGGGUGGAAGCUUCGGGGCCGGUGCACGGAGACCCAGACUCCACCUCAGAUUACAUCUUCAGCAUGCCUCCCAUCGGCAGCAAACGGAUGUAUGACUAUGAAUGGAUAGCACCAGCGGCAUAUUCUGCAGAGCUGAAAGACAUGAAGCAGCCUGAAUGUGAAAACCCCAGGGCCGCUGCGCUUGAGGAGGAUGACCACCACGCUGACGAGUCGUCCAGGGGGGACGGAGGUGGCGGACAGAAGCAAACCCAGGUCUGUUUCUCACACGUCCAGCUCUCGGACUGCUCCACCAAACCCCACGGCUCUCCGGGGACGGAAGGGGCUCCGCUGGAAGACAGCGCAGACCGGCCAGAGACAGGCCAACAGUUUACCAGCCACACCUACAUCUGUUCACUUUGCGGAACCUUUUGCCCCGACUCUGCGUUUCUGGAGGAUCACAUCAAACUCAUACACCCAGAUACUGAUGACGCAUCGGCCGCCAGGGCCCAAAAGUUCAUCUCCUCAGCCGGACCCGCUGGGGAAGAUGGCAGCAGUGAUUCUGUCAGCGUUGGGAAGGGGACCAGUGAGGGCAGUCCAGGAGUGAGCUCCGGUGUUAGCGCUGGAGGAGGACCUGUGAAAAAGGAGAUCAAAACUGAAGGGGGUUAUGAAUGUGGGGACUGCGGCCGUCACUUUAACUACCUUGGCAACCUGAGGCAACACCAGCGUAUCCACACUGGAGAAAAACCUUUCAUGUGUCCAGAAUGUGGCGAGAGGUUUCGCCACGCCGCCCGAUUAAAAAGUCACAGGUUGGUGCACAGCGGCGCCCAGAGUCCUUUCCCGUGUCCGCAGUGUGGGAAAGGUUUCUCUGUGCUUUCUGGUCUCAAACGACACCAAAGGGUGCACACUGGUGAGAGUCCGUAUGCCUGCCCCGAGUGUGGUCGAUGCUUCAAAGAGCUAGGAAAUUUGUACACCCACCAGAGGAUCCACAGCGGGGCUACUCCUUACUGUUGUCAGCAAUGUGGACGCUGCUUCCGCCAUCUAGGAACAUACAAGAGUCACCGGUGCUCUCCAGCACCAUAACCGCCUUUAAAGUACACUGAUCGUAAUAGUCAUAAAAGAUGAAGUGGAAACAAGUUUUAGACCCUGAGAUCCUUUUUCUGUUACUUUGAGGAUUUUGUGACAGUAAAAUACACUAAUGAUGUGGAAAAUAUGACUAAAGAUGAUCAUAAAGCAUCUCAGAACAUGUUUUCUAAUGCUUCCUGGUUCAUUUCUGAGCAGUAGCAAUGUUCUCAGGGACGUAAAAAGUCACUUGUUUUAUAGGUUUUCUCCUGAUCCUAUAGUCCACGGAAUACGCCCAUUAACAUUAAAGGUUGAAGGUUUUUGGACUGUAUGCAUUUAACUGUAAUUAUUUUUUGACAAUAUAUUACUUGUGACAUAUCCAUGUGAAAUAGCAGAUUUAAUUAAAAUAUAUUUAUAGAUUUAUUCCACCUUGUGAAUUGGCUUAAGAGCAGAAAAACAUGGCAUGAUCAUUGAGAUAGAUGACAUUACGUUUUGUGUGUUUGUAUUGAUUGUAUGUUUUAGAAUUGCUUGUAAAAUGUUAGUAAAAAGGUUCUCUUAUUUAUACAUGCUGACAAAUGACUGACCAUGAUCGUUUUCUCCUGAAAAGUGAUAGUCUUGUUUAUCUUUAUGCACCACAUUGAACUGAACCAUAAAGCCGUCUGAUGAAUUCACACAGAUCACACGUGUUCAUGUUAAAGACUACAACAUCCGUCCCAACCCUGAUCCUCUGCCUGCAGUUUCCAGUAUUAUUUAGAAGCAGAAGGUUAACAGAAGAGGAGAAUUGGGGGAAAUUCUUUCCUUUGGGCUCCUUGGAGGAAGACGGAGGCCUCCACUACGGACAGUAAAACAUAAAAGCCAGUCUUGCAUUUACUAACAUGUAUGUUUGCUGAGCCCAAAGUAUCCUAAUCUUAUUGGAUGCCAUUAAACUUGAACCAGUUUUAGUUCAUACGUGUGUUUUCUUACUGUGACAGGGUUAGGGAUGGGAUUAGGGACGUUGUUACUUUUGGAAUUAUGAGUUUGUUCUUGUGCACAAAAUGUCUCAAAAGAACUGUUGCAUAAUAAUAAAGCAGUUUUUAUUCAUUCAAGCAACAGUUUAUAAUAUACUUUGAGAAUCCUUUGAUGGUAGUGAUAAGGCUGAAUAUUAAAUACAUGAUAUAAAAUGUUUUAAGAAAAACAAAACUUACAUUACGUUUAACGUAUGAUCUAUAUAUAUAUGUACGUGGAUCUACAUAUGGCUAAAUGUUUGCCCCAGGAAUCGACCAAUCUAUUUCAUAGUUCAAUAUCUGUUGGUGUUUUAACAGUCUCUCAUUAUGCUGUUUACAUUUUAACACCAUGAGGCCAACAUGAUGCAUAUCUAAUCACCACUUCCUCGCCAUUGUGAGCAGUGUGGCAUUGACAGCAGGCAAACACAAUAUGAUUAACAAAACAACUCUAGUAAUAUUCCUCUGUUUACAAUGCAGAUUCAAGCUCCAGAGAUCUAAAUGCUCCAUCUGCUCCUAACAGAUCCCUUCAUUCAGACUGCAGGUUUACUGAUGAUUCCUAGAACUUCAAAACGUAGAAUGUGAGACAGAUUCUGCAUCAGGCUCCCAUCCUGUGGAACCAGCUCCAUGUUUCAGUUUGCAAGGCAGACACCCUGAAUACUCUUAUGAUGAGGCUUAAAACUUUCCUUUUUGAUAAAGCUUAUAGUUCGACUGGCUAAAGUUUUCCUAAACGUCCUCUGUAGUUCUGCUGUUAUAGUUGUAGUCUUAACGACUAUUCCUUACUCAGCUACAUUCUCCUCCUCUCCUAUUUGGUAUCAUAUUCUGUUAUUUCAAUUUUUACCUUUAUUCUCUCCCAGUUUUUGCUCUCCAGAAUCUACAUCUGGCUUGUCGUUCUGUGUUCUCAUCUCUCCAGUGAGCCGCGGCAGGUUGCCAUUCACGCUGAGCCAGGCUCUGCUGGACGUUUCUUUCUUUCCUCUUCAAUUGGAAUCUGUCUGUAUGAUUAGAUUGAAUUGACUUUUUUUGUAAAAUGCCUCGAAACGUUAUGUUGUGACCAAAUAAACUAAAAACUGCAUUAAACCAGAGAGUCCCUAUGGCAACCAGUACUAUAUGGUCAGGGGUUUUUGGUACAGUACCUUUAUUGAAAGGUUGAUCUAUGGCUCAAAAAGCUCAGUUUUACAACAAACCAUUUUGAUUGGACUAAUUAUCAACAUGGAAGAGUGAGAAGAUUACUAAUAUUUUUCACAAUCUAUCAGCAAGGGGGAAAAAAAUUAAACAAGAGUCAAUUGUAAUUUUAGAAUGAUAUUUAACUACAAUGAUCUUUAUGUUACAGAACAUGUACAGUGACAUUAAAAAACUGCAUUUAAAAAAUUUGCGUACAGCUGCAAUAAUUUCAAAAUUUCACAAAAUAACUAUUGUAAAAAUAAAUCAAAAUGACAAAAUCUUAAAAAAGGUAAAAUACAAGUAUAAUAUCACCCCAUUGAAACAUUGUCAUCUUAAAGUGAAAAAAAGAAGUGCUCUUCAUAUGAAAAAAUAUCCUUCUGUAAAAGUGUUUACAUUGUAUUUGAUACCAAUUUGAAAUAAACA